CAUCCUUCUACCCUACGACGUCCUUUUAGUCUCAGCUUUUAUUUCCUCGUCCUGGCGUCCUCCUCUCAGAUGCAUCUCCCGUUCACUCCUCAUCACGUGCAAUUAAUAUCUGCUUGUUAUCCCCCCUCCGCCGCUCUCAUCACCUCUGGGCCCGAUUAUCGUCCAAAUGCUCAAGAGUUGUCGCGUUUGACAUACUAUGCUGCUAAUACUCCAGGAAAAAUCCAUAAAUUAGGCAGCGAACUGGAGAAGAGGAUCAGAGGCGAAUGCCGGAAGGCGCAGGGAGGGAAUUCUCGCUCCAGAGCGUCACUCCUUAUUUCUCUAUCAGUUCUGAGGACACUGGCAACCGAAUGUCGUCGCGACAUAUCCCUUUUGACUCCUUCGCUCUUAGCCACAGUUGACUUGACCCUCGAUGGCCUUUCAUCAGAUUUGGAAGUGUCGGCGAAAGUUGCGAGUUUGUUUACCGCAUGGACCACUCAUACUGACGGCCGUCUCAUCGGUGUCGACAACGAUAUCACGAAAGACUACAUGUCCAUUCUCAACAGGUUCUCACAUAUGAGCACUUUCAGCUCGACCAACAGCGACAAAGAGUUUCAAAAUAGAACUCGUCUAGUAGGUUUGGCAGCGUUGAGUGGAGCUGUUACCUCGGAAGCUUUAUACAGCUCGACAUACUUUCAAUCACAAGUUUCGACGAUAGUGCCUGCAUUGUUGGCCAACGUACAUGACUUGGAGGUCUCGGUUCUAGAGAGCGAGCUUAUUGCUCUCAAAGAAAAUCCUAAUUCUCCAUAUAUGGCGCAAUUUCGGUCGCGUCCGCCCGCCGAAAGACGAGCAGCAUCAAUUCACAUCCACAUCGACGGCGACAAAGGACCAUCCACAGCCGAUGUCUCGCAAACUUGUCUUCGUGCCCUUUCGUCCCUUUUUGGCCAUUCAAAUGGCUCUCAAGCAACGCACAUCAUGGAAGCCGUCCUCGAAAGCUUAGAUAGAUGGCAAAGCUGGGAGCGUAUCGACCACUGCCGCUGGAUCACACGACAGGCGACCGAUUGGACGCAGUAUCAGUAUCGGUAUGCAAUCCCUACGAGACUUGUAGAACGACUCCAACAGGAUCAAGAUGUGCCUAUGACUACCCCUCUGCACAACGCCUUGGCGGUGAUGUUGACAACUAUAUUCACUUCCCCCACCCCACUCAUCAAUCUUUCGACGUCUGAUAUCAUCUCCAUCCUGGUCACUCUGGUCCUUCGCAGAUGUUCAAUUGACCCCGAAGACCCAGUCCUUCCGGCUUUGGUAGAGUGUAUCGCCUCUGUUGGCACUCACGUUUAUUAUUCCGAUCAGAUUUACGACCUCGCAAGCGAGCUCGUCAGCAGACUUGUCUCGGUCGAAGCCACU